AUGGAUAGUCUGAAAAGCCCAGAUGAGCAUAAACAACCAUCGGACGCGGAAGAGAGAUGGCAAGAUUAUAAUCCUACAGAUUCCCUUUCUCUUUCUCUUCCAGACAACCAAAGUCCAACCCCACCAGUGACAGGGAAGGAAAAUCGAAUAUGCAAGGUCUGCAAAAAGGGCUUUAGCUCAGGAAGAGCUCUUGGAGGUCAUAUGAGAAUUCACGCAGCCCAGUCCCAGGGUGAACUCCAACUACUCCAAGAGGGAGGCCAUGAGUAUGAUGAUGAUACCAUUAACACCAAUACCGAUAACAUCCUCCCAAUCCCCAACAGUAGUCCGAUCAAGCUGAAGCUAAUUACAAAGCAUCACCGCCAUGGAAACUACAAUAAAAGAUCAGCUGGCAUUGGCAACACAGCUGUUGCUGGUAGUGAGGCGGCCUUGAAGUACCUGAGAGUCAAUGUUCAUCGUCCGUGGAAAUUGAAAUCGAAAUCGUCGAAUAUUAUAAUUAACAGGAGCAGCAACCCUACCUGUACUAUUUGUGGGAAGAACUUCCCAUCGAUGAAGUCGUUGUUUGGUCACAUGAGAUGCCAUCCCGAGAGGGAGCGGAGAGGAAUUCAGCCCCCUUCCUCUCCACCUCAAUUUCCAUCUCCUACUGAGGAUGCUAGAAUUUCAUCCGCCUCCCUCUCAGUUUCCACUCUUUCGGAUAAAGAAGAUUCCUCUUGUGAUCACAAUCACAAUGGAAAGAUAGAGACGAACGAUGAUCAUCAGCUUGAUUUUGACCACUGUUCCACCACUGCUCUCUCAGCUCUCAAUCUUGUAGACUCCUUCUCCUCCUCCUCCUCCUCCUCCAGCUGGUCUCUCACUGGCAAAAGGGGCCGCAAAGCCACCAAAGCUCUCGCGUUGCCCAUCGCUGCUACUGUUCCUCCCCCACCACUCGCUUCUCCUUCUGACGUGGACAUAGAAGCCGCCUAUAAUCUCAUAAUGCUUGCUCAUCACGGCAAUCCUCUGGGUCUGGGUCUUGGUCUGGAUUUCUCAUCACGUUUCCAUUCAAAGUCAAACUCAAAGCAGCAACAUGCUUUUUCACCUUCUUUCAGACCCAAAAUAAGAAUUGGGAAUCCUCAAAAUAUGGAGGACUCGUCUAAGAAGCGAAGAAGCGACGAGGAGGAUGAGUCACAUUCACAAUCAGCUGUCUCAGCUGCCUCACGAAAAAGAGAGUGCCUAUCCUUGCCCAAGAAGCUCAAAAUUAAUGUCACAGCUGCUGGUUCACUCGUCACCUCACCACCGAACUGCAGGAAUGACGAGGAGGACUUAGGAGAGAACAACAGAAUCGUCCAUGAUGACUUGAUGAGGAUGCAGAACAUCAGCAGCAGCCAGAAGGAUGUGGACGAGGAUGUCGAUGAUGAAUCUUAUAGUAAGACCCAUGACUCCGAUCAGCAGCCAGACCAGCUCCCUUGGAUGUCUGAGAUGAUUCUCAGUCAGAAGUUGAAGCAGAAGAUGAUGAGGAAGAAAAAGAAGAAGAUGAAGCAGGUCAGAGAUUUGAAAAAGUGUGUUGAUCAGCUGACUCUAACUGACGACGACCACAAGCAGCAGCAGCAGCAGCAUAAGGGGUCAGCCACAGCAUCCUUUUCCGAUAAAUUCAAGUGCAGGACUUGCAAUAAAACCUUCACGACGCACCAAGCCUUGGGUGGACACAGAUCAAGCCAUAAGAUUGGAAGGAACCCUCUCAAUCGUCCCAUCCUAAUCACAACCCCCACGGCAAUGGAUGAUUCGGGUAUUGCAGGCAACGACGAAGACCUGACCUCGACCUCAACCUCGACCGGAGAAGAAGAAUCGCAAUCACAAUACCAACAUCGCUGCAAGAUUUGCUACAAGGCGUUCCCUACGGGUCAGGCCCUUGGGGGCCAUCAGAGGCUUCACUGGAAAAGCCCAGCUGAAGCAGCUGCUCCUUCCAGCUCAGUGGCAUCGCCGCUUCCUGAGGAUAUCAGCAAGGAAACUGGGUGUGGGACCUUAGAUUUCGACCUGAAUGUGCUUCCAGUGCAAACUGUGGAGGACGAUAAUGAAGCUCUCUCGGCUCAGGUGAUUGUUUCACCGAAUCUGUGAGGCUAGGCAUAAUUAGCAAUAGUUAGGUAGUCCUCGUUUCUGCAGUUUCCACUCAUUCGGAUUAUGUAUAUAUCUAUUCAAGAAAGAUUAAGGUCUCCAUCUCCAUCUCCAUCUCCAUCUCCAUCUCUAUCUCCGUCUCCGUCUAACUCGAAAAGAAAGAAGAAAUUUAUGGGUAGUGGGGGUGGGAGACGUUUGAAAUAGGAAUUAAUUGUCUUUUUCAUGUGCACCUGUUGGUUGGUUCAAUGGGUUGAACUGGAAUGUCACCGAAAAAGCUUUUGCUUUUGUUUUUGUUUUUGUUUUUG